UCCGACAGAUUUCAGACAUGACGGCCAGACACAAACCAGCCAGUUCUCUAUAUUCCCCUCGGACUUCUCGCUCUCGCCCUCUCCCAUCCUGGGAAGGCAUUCUGCAGCUGCCCUUCCAAUAGCUCGCGCAGAACCCACACCAUACAAUGUCCUACACUUCCUCCUCCCGCUUUUCCAAAUCGACUUCUCCCGCCCCUCGUACCCGACGACCCUCCCCGUUGGAAAGAACCUCGUUGCAUCUCCGCCUCAGUCUGCUCUCCGGCGAGAAAUAUGAACAGGAAAGCAGUGCCAAGGAACCCGAUCUCCGUCGCUGCCUCAGUCAUGCCCACAUCCACGCCAAGUCCAUGGCCAUGGUCAAGCGCGACAUCCGAGUCCACAUCCGCUCCAUGGGCAUGCCCAUGGACGAUGACAGCGACGAGGAGACCAUUGACCACGAGAUUCUCCCUCCACCCCCUCGCCGAUCGACGCGCAGCUCUUCCAAGUCCGCGCCUGCCCCACGGGUGACGGCGUCAUCCCCCAACUCCAGCGAGAAAUCGAGCCUGCUUGACAAGGGCCGCAAGUGCUUGGAGAAGAUCUUUCCCCGCCGGAACGGCGCGCACUUGGCUCAGUCCCGAGUCACGGUCGUCGCCUGAUCCCAGCCUUGAUCGCUUGCUUGUCUCUCUCGGUUAGACAUAUCCACACCACUACUCAUCGGUUUCGUCACCAACACCAAUUACCAAUGGUUCUUAUCCAACCUCGGGGUAAUCACGCCAUGUCGCGUACCCGCACCCAUCCAUCCUCUUGGAGUUUGGCCACGUUCCAGACUGCGUCAGAGUCUCCCAUCAUCCUCCCGCC